CUGCCGACGCGUGCAGCUGCGGGAGGAAAUAGUGACAAAUGCUGAAGUGGUGCGGGGCAGAAGAGUGGUGAAUGAUAACAGCAGCUGGGGGGACGGGACAAAACAAGUGCUGGGCCGGUCAGGCAACUGCUUGCGCCGGCGCUCAGAGAAAGUGUCCUGUGUCCGAGGGCAAAGACAGCUGGAGAAUGUCCCGGGAGUGCGCGCGUGCCCCGGGCAUGGCUCUGACUGACAGCGAGGAGAAGAGCUUCUCCGACCUCUUUUCCUUCGCUUUCCCAGAUGCCGACGCCACGGGCCAGGUUGCCGCCGGAACCAAAGUUGCCGAGUUGUUCCGAGCGUCCCAGCUCCCUGCAGACGCUCUGCACCAGAUCAUGAACCUAUGUGGUGCAAAGAAAUUAGGUUAUUUUGGUCGUGCCCAGUUUUACAUUGCACUGAAGCUAAUAGCCGCAGCCCAGGCUGGCCUUCCAAUACAUCUAGAAAGUAUUAACAAUGAGUUGCCGCUUCCUCAGUUCUUUGCAUUGAAGAGUGACAGUGAGACACAGCACAGCCUUUCCCAAAGUACAGAAGCUCUUGGGCAACUGAGUCGCACAGUCUCAUUAAUGAACUCCGCUAGAGGCACAGACAGUACAACGGCAAAAACAGAGACUGUGAUGGCAGCUGCUUUGCUCUUAAAUUCUCCUCCUCCUUCACCUUCGUACCAGAAAAAUCAAGCAGUGAGCCGAGAUGGGAGACAAAGAGUUGCCUUUGAUCAGAACAAUGCCGUCACUCUUGAAAGAAGCCCAACUGCAGGCUCAGUUGUAUAUCCAGAAGGACAAACCCAUGGGAACUAUGAAUCUAAGCCUUCGCUUCCACAUUCUUUUUAUGCUCAGAAACAAAAUUCUGUCCAACCACCGGAUCAGGAACCGGAGGACGAUCCUUCGGACUACACAGAUGACCCCUGGAGGAUAACUGAGGAACAACGAGAGUAUUACUUCAAUCAGUUUAAAUCCCUACAGCCUGAUAUGAAAUCCCUUAUUUCAGGGUGUGUUGCUAAGGAUCUCUUCACCAAGUCGAAGCUUCCUAUCCCUGAACUUUCUCACAUAUGGGAGCUGUCCGAUGUGGAUUGCGAUGGAGCUUUAACACUGUAUGAGUUCUGUGCUGCCUUUCACCUCAUUGUAGCCAGGAAGAAUGGCUAUUCACUGCCGGCCACACUUCCUGAAACCCUGCUGCCUGAAUAUCUACAAAGGAAUGAAGUACCUCCAGCUUUGAUGCACAAAGAUGUAUGUUUGUGUUCCCAUGGCAACUUGGCAGUUGAAGUUCAACCAGUACAACAGCAAUGGGGAAACUGGAGCCACAGUGAGGAGAAUGUUGCAGCUGAAACGGUACCUGCUACGUUACCUGCCAGUACACUUCAGCAGCCAGAUCUGCACUUCUUCAAGGACAAUUCAGAUUUAAGUCAAAACAAAAAUGUAGAUUCUAAACAAAUACCAGAAGAAUGCCAAACUACUGAAGAUGUGUUCAGCUUAUCUAAAGCAGGUUGCCGAGAACUGGAAUCGAGCCAGAAGAGGAAAACAAGACCCAGAUCAUACUCAAGCACUUCUGCUGAAAAUGCUAUUAAGAAAGGAGAAGUGCCCCCAACACCACCACCCAGACUUCCAAAGACUCAUUCCAGAGCAUCUUCGCUGGACCUUAAUAAACUUUUUCAACAAGGUAAUCAAGUGGUAACAUCGGAUUGGUUACAGCCACCCCCUGCUAUCCCACCACGACCUCCAACUGCCAAGAUUGCUCCCUUUCCUGCUAAGGCAGACAUCAAUAACCUGUCUACCAAACCACAAGAGAAGAUCCAGCAGCCGAAUUUUGCAGAUUUCAGCAAGUUCAGUGAGCAGGCAAGGAAAGGACCAUUGACAGAGUUGGUAAACAAACCGAGCAAUCUUGGAGAAGAAAAGAGUUCUUCUGUUAAGGAUACGUCACAUCGCCAACCUCCACUGAAACCUCUUCGCAGAAAGCUUCGACCGAAAGACCAGGGAGAGUGUCAGGAGCAGUUAACCCAAAGGAUCACAGCUUCUGGACCAAAUGACAAACCACAUCAGUCACAAAAAAUAUCAUCCAAACAGAAAAAAUCAAUUCAGACAGCGAUUCGUAAAAACAAGGAGGCUAACAUGAUCCUGGUCAGGUUAAAUGGGGAAUUGCAGCAACAAUUCAAGGAUGUUCACAAAGAGCGAAUUGUGCUGGAGUCACAGUUGGAGCACCUUCGACCAGUCCCUCACACGUGACUUCAGCUUCCAGCUCAUAACAGGAGCUCAAAUGUGAGGACAGUAUAUAUAUUGAAAUUUUGAUAGGAACAUUGCAAGUGAAAGCACAGUAGGGGCCAAUAUGACACAAAGACUUUCAAUCCUGUCAUUUUUUUAAAAAACUUGAACACAAAGCUAGAAACAUUGAUACAAUGCAAACAUUAAUAUUUGAAUUUAAAUAUUCACUUGUCUAAAGCACAAUCUGAUCUGGCCAUUUUGUGUGACAAGUAGUAAUAUAAUAAAUCUUUUCCAAGGUUAAUAUUGGCCCCAUUUUAAAGCACAAUACAUGCUUGAUUCCAUUGCACGUGUUGUAACCCCAAAGGCAACUUAAAUGAAAAGGAAGGCCAAUAUAAUUUUCUGAGAGUUUGUUAAUGUGGAUUUUUCUUAUUUCCCAUGUUAUUGGGAAUGUUAUUGAUCACCUAAGACCUAGAAAAUGAUCCACAUCUUCCUCACUCAUAACUCAACAUCUGUUGCAUUUUUUGAUAAUAUUGCCAUUUUUUUUUUCAAAUUAAACUAUACAUUAACUAUAUGGCAGAUAAUGUUGAAGAUACCACUUUUUAAUGCAAUGAAGGUAAUAUGAACAUUAAAAUGGGUAUUCUCUCUUUUUUCCCUAAAUAUUCCAUACAUUUUAUAUUUUCCUAAAUUUGGUUUUACCUUUUUUGAGGUGGAAUAUUUAAUGUUUGAGCAGCUGUAUGCUAUAGCAAUAAUGUACUACUUGUAGCUGUAGUUUAAAGUUACAUCCUCAUGCUUAUGUCGACAAAAUAACAAGAAUUUUAUACAUUAAGGAAGAGACUUUCUGGAAAUGGAUUGCUCAAUUCAAUCCCUGACAUGCUGUGGUUCAACGGUUCUUCUGAUGGCCAAUUUGUAUAAAUAUUUUCAGAUGUUUGCCUUGUGUUAAUGUGCAAUAUUUGUAUCCUGGUUAUACUUAAUGUGGAGUUUUAAUUUAAAUAGAGAUGCCAGAGUUUGUAGAAGACAUUUUAUUCUGAACAGCACCUAGUGCUACUGCUUGAUAAAUGAUUUUUGGA